AUGCCGGCGGCAUCUUCUCAGCCGCCGGUCAAGCUCUCGCUUCCUCUGCAGUUCCAGCAGGAAAUCUACCAUCUCCUUCGCGGAGAAGAUGUUCUUGUCAUCCUUGCCCGGGGCCUGGCCCUUCUCAAGGUUGUCACAAAUCUACUCCAUUCGUACGAUGCUGCGGGCAACUCCCUUGUGAUCAUCGUUGGAGCAGAAGACCGCGAGAAUGAAUGGAUUGGGGAGGCUUUGGCAGAGCACUAUGCCAUCUCAAGGAGCCCAUUGUCCAAAGGUCUUCGCGUCAUCAACACUGACAAAGCCACCGUGGCAACCCGCGAGAAGAUUUAUUCCGAGGGCGGCAUUGUCUCUGUUACCAGCCGUAUUCUCAUCGUCGACUUGCUGUCGAAACUUCUGGACCCAGAGACUGUGACUGGUCUAGUUGUCCUUCAUGCGGAACGCGUGGUCGCCACGAGCAUUGAGGCGUUCAUUGUGCGGAUCUUCAGACAGUUCAAUAAGAUUGGGUUCCUCAAGGCCUUCAGCGACUCUCCAGAGCCUCUGGCAUCAUCCUAUGCGCCGCUGGCGGGCUUGAUGAGAAACCUAUUCUUACGCAAGCCAUCCCUUUGGCCCCGAUUCCACGUCUCCAUCGCACAGAGCUUGGAGGGAAAGAAGAAAGCGGAUGUCAUUGAACUGGAAGUGCCCAUGACCGAAGCUAUGCAAGCGAUUCAGAACGCCGUCUUGGAAUGUGUCGAGGUCAGCAUUUCCGAACUCAAGAAGGCGAACACUGGACUGGAGAUGGACGACUGGACGCUUGACUCGGCUCUUCAUCAGAACUUUGACGCCAUUGUUCGGAGGCAACUCGACCCAGUAUGGCACCGAGUCAGCUGGCGGACGAAACAGAUCGCCAAUGAUCUGGCGGUCCUCAGGUCCAUCCUCCAUUCGCUUCUCAGCUACGACUGUGUAUCGCUUUUGAAGUAUUUAGACACCGUCCUCGCCACGCACUCUCCUCCUCCUGGGUCUACGAGGCAGAACCAGUCGCCGUGGUUGUUCCUGGAUGCCGCCGCCACGAUCUUCCGGUCUGCUAGGGACAGAGUGUACAGCGGGAAAGUGGAAGAUGGCAAUGUCUUGCCAACCUCAAAACUGCCAGACUCUCUGAGCCCCGUGUUGGAAGAGCAGCCGAAGUGGGAGGUUCUGGCCGAAAUUCUUCAAGAAAUCGAAACAGACGCAUAUCUGAAUCCCACCCUCAGGGACGACUCAAAUCAAACCGUGUUGAUCAUGUGUAAUGAUCAGAGGACUUGUCGCCAGGUGCGGGAAUAUUUGCAGACCAUGCACGUUAAACCGCUACCUCAAGACAUGGGCGGUGGCCACGCCCCCCACGAAUUGGAGGAAGAAGAACAGAAGGGUUCGGCCGAAUUCAUGAUGCGACGAAAACUGCGAGAAUAUCUGGGAUGGCGGAAGACGUUCGCCCAGGUCAGCGCCUCCCUGUUCACUGAGAACCAGAAAUCCCUCAAUGAUAUCAAGGGAACCACGGCGGCCGGUCGACUGAACAGCAAAGCGCCUGCAAACAAGCGAAGGCGCGUCAGAGGCGGAGGAAGCGCGGGCUUCAAUCCUUCAAGGACCGCCUAUGGCGCUGUCGCCGCCGUCGAAGACAAAGCUGCCCAGGUGGCUGGUCUUCUCGCCGAAUUGCGGCCAACAGAAACGGAGUCACUUCAGAAAGAAGACGUGAUAGUCGACGACUUGGACGAUGCUAGAGAAGGGUUUUUUGAGUUGUACGAUCCCGAUGAUCAGGUCGUUGUGCACCCUUAUGAUGGAGAUCAAGAUGAUCAGCUACUCGAAGAGCUCAGGCCCAAAUACAUUAUCAUGUACUCACCCUCUGCCGACUUUAUCCGGCGAGUGGAGGUGUACCGAUCCAGCCAUUCGGACAGGAGUGUUCGUGCAUACUUCAUGUACUAUGGCGGAAGUGUGGAAGAGCAGAGGUAUCUUUCGGCCGUCCGCCGCGAAAAGGACGCGUUCACCAAACUCAUCAAGGAACGAGGCAGCAUGGCCGUGACCCUCACUGACAGCAACAUCGAUCCACAGGAGGCCUUUCUCCGAACGGUCAACACUCGCAUUGCUGGUGGCGGGCGACUCGCAGCCACCGCUGCGCCGCCGACGGUGGUGGUCGAUGUGCGCGAAUUCCGCUCGGCUCUCCCGAGUCUGUUGCAUGGGCGCAACAUGCAGAUCGUUCCAUGCCAGUUGACGAUUGGCGACUAUGUGCUGUCGCCCAGCAUCUGCGUGGAGCGCAAAUCCGUGCCGGACUUGAUCGCGUCCUUCAAGAACGGGAGGCUGUUCAACCAGGCGGAAACCAUGCUGCAAUACUACAAGUACUCGUUCCUCCUCAUCGAGUUCGACCAUAACAAAUCCUUUACCUUGGAUCCAUUCGCCGACCUGACCUCGGUGUCGACGCUGAAGAUGCCGGAUUCCGAGACCAAGGAUUUGCAAUCCAAACUAGUCCUGCUCACGCUUGCGUUCCCCCGGCUCAAAGUGAUCUGGUCAUCUUCGCCUUAUCAGACGGCCGAGAUCUUUGAAGAACUCAAGAAGCAACAAGAAGAACCAGACCCGCUCCGUGCCGUACAGAUCGGAUUGGCCGAUGACGAAGACCCCGAAGAGAAGACCUUCAACACCGGCCCGCAGGAUCUGUUGAGGACCAUCCCAGGCGUGACCGCCAAAAACGCCAGCCGGCUGUACCUCGAGACCAAGAAUGUUUUGGACCUGGCAAACAUGAGUCUGGAAGAACUAGACUCUCUGGUGGGAAUAGAGGCCGGUAGACAAAUCGUGAGGUUCUUCACAAGGAGCGUGUUCGAAGACGAGGACUAG